GCAGUGCCUCCGUGCAGGUGACCAGAUAACGUUUUCUCCGCAGUUAUCAAUUUAGAAUGAAAGGCAUAAGAUGUCUUACAAUAGCAUUGAUGUUGGCUUCAUGGAUUUCAAUGACUUAUCAACGUGUCAUGAAAGAUGCUUUAACUCCUGGUCGAAAACUCGUGGAAUCAUUACCGAAACAUGAACAAUCAUCAUUCCUGACUUACGAACUUAGUCACGCGUACAUGCAACGAAUAUUCAUAAAACCUCGAAGCAGCGGUGGCCUAAAGUUCCCGGAAGACUUGGAUAUCGACGGCAAGUUAAUCGACAAAUUUGAGGAUCUCAAGACUCCCGCUGAAUUUUCAACAAAUCUGUACGACUUUGUACGUUAUGAAUAUAAUCUCGAUGAUAAAAGGAUGCUCGAUUUAAUUCUUCGUCGAUUCGUUUGCUUUCCUAGUGGCAAAUGCAUUAAUAUUGAAGAUAUCGGAAACCUAUGCUGCCCAUUCUAACAAUAAUGCAAUAUGUAGAUUGUUAUAUCACACUUGUAAAACAUUUAGCCAUAAGAAUUAAGUGCUGUCAGAGAAUGUAGUAAAAUGUUACUUGAAAUUUUAUGUAAUAAAGGUUAAAAAAAAAUGGUAA